AUGGGUGCGGUCGGCAAAGAGUGCCUGGCGUCCCUGGGACUGCAGCUGGCAGUGACGGCUGCUGAGGCGGAGGCCUACGUGCUGGUGCUGGGCUGCGGCAUGAUCGACUCAGCCUUCCACGUGCGCGGCAUGCCCCGCUUCCGCCAGGACAUGGUGGACUUCAUCAGGCCCAAGUACCUGGGGAACCUGAAGGCGGUGUUCGACUACCUGCUCAGGUUUCACCUGCUCCCCGUGUUGCCGGCCGUCAUCAUAUUCAGCGGACUCCAGGAGUACAUCAGGGAAGCAUCCACCGAUCCAAAUGGAGACCAGACGAUUGCGAGCCUUUUUGCCAUGCUCAAGGACUUCGCCAACUUUGCCACUGCCAAGACGGGCCAGCAGUGCCGGCUGUUCGUGUCCUGCCACGACGGGCCAGCCCGUGCAGGGCUGUCGCUGUGCCCGACGUACGUGACACUGCCCUUCUUCGCCUUCCCUUGGAGGUGUGACCCCGAGGCACAGGGCAGCGCCCGCUUUCACCUGGUCCACGGGGGACCACGCCCCACCACGCUGCGCUUCCGUAGGGAGGGCAGGCAGCUGUGCUUCGAGGGAGUCACCCGCUCCUAGCCCGCUGCCCGCUCUAGUGCUUAGCGCGGCCCGUUCUAAUGGAUUACUGGUACCAGUGCUGCCCAUAUUAAUGAUCUAUUGGUGCCAUUGCCACCUGUUCUACUGGUGCUGGUGCCAUCCACUCUUGGUUCACUGACAUGUUCUAAUGGUUUCCUGGCACCUGUUCCACCCAUUAGAACUGUGUCAUCCCUUCUACUGGUUUACUGACACCAGUUGUAAUUGAUUACUGGCACCUGUGCCAUUCUUUCUAACAGUUUUUGCUUGCUCUGGUACCGCCCAUUCUAAUGGCUUAGUGGCACUGAGGCUGCCUGUUUGAAUGGUUUACUUGCACUGAUGCUGUCCAUUACAACAGUUUACUGGCACCAGUGCCGUUCGUUUUAGUGGUCUAUCGGCUUCAGUGCAGAGGACAGGUCGGUCUGCUCGUCAACUAGCUCUGUAGCCUUUCUCGUCUGCUGCUAGCAGACGAGAAAGGUUGCUGGUCAUAAGCAACCUUUCUACUGGUUUAUCAAGUAGCCUAGUUAUUCAACAAGUUUAUUGGGGUGCUGGUCCGCCUGUCAACUUAUUCGUUCACUGGGGUAGGGGGACGGUGCCAUUUGCACGAAAGGAAAGCAGCUGUACAGCUGGAGGCGUUGCUCACUCCUAGUCCGUUGCGUCACUGGUCAACUGGGGUACGGCAGCUCAGCUCUCGAGUUGGCUAUUCGAAAGAGGCAGCUGUGCUCGGUUGCCGUUUCGUUUGAGGGGACGGCAAGCUUGCUCAUGGGGAAAGCACCGAUUGAAGUUCUUUGACUGCUCCAUUGUUAACUCACUGUUUACUGGUUUACUCGUGCUGACCACCCUCGCGAACCGGCUCAUUAGGGUGCUGUGGCGGCGACACUUGUGGGGAAGGAAAACCAGUUCAUCGAGAAAGCAUUGCCUACUCCUGGUUUACAGGUGGUGUAGCCUAGUGAUGAACUUGCUUAGUUGGGUAGGCUUCAUUGGCUUCCUCAAAACAAACUGUGCAGAACUCACCAAAGACAGUAUGAAAGAGAGCUUUGUAUAGGCUAGUGCAUGAGAAGGCCGCAGCUCUGCGCGCUGUUUCGUUCGUGUCCCAGCCAUGGUUGUGCUUUUUUACACUCUCGGGUGCGAGAGUUUUGAUCUGGCUUGACAGUGUGAUACAUAGCAGCAGUGCCUUCAGAAGCAGAAGGUAGCCCUCCUGCGGCAGUGUCGUCUGCUCUUCAACCUAUGUCUAGGUGGGCUCAUCAAUUUACCGUAAUUACAUGUGCUUCACAUGGUGCCAAUGAGCUGGUUGGUCCAAUCGAUGGUCACUAAUGUGUGUAGUUGUCAUUUUAAUUUGAGCUGGAGUGGCCGUCACAUUUUACUUCCUCACUGGUGAACAAGGACUGUCAUCCAUAGGCUCGGCUACUAGUAUGUAACUCACUAUUUCAUUACCUCCACAUUUAGUGACUUUAGGUGGCUGGACCACUUGAGGGUUUUAGUGGAGACUGCUGUCGUAAAUGAGUGAAUGGGCCAUUUGCUUGUUUCUGUUCCCAAGUACUGCAGAGGGUUAUCAGGAGCGAGGCGGCCCUCCUUUGUUGGUGACUCGCAUACUGGUUUCUUGUGGCAGUCAGUAUACUGCCAAAGAGUGUGGCUUAAGGACUGACAAACCUACUCCUUCACUGCUUAAAGGGGUGCGUAAACGACGUGAGGGACUGUUGUCGAUGCCGCUACCUCUAUGCAUGUCGGAAGUGCCUGCAUUUGUUUUCUUUUUUGGUGGCUAGCAGAGUUAAUCUGCCUCUGUAUUUCUCAGCUAUGGCAAGAUGCGGUGGAGUGGCGCAUAAGCCCCGAGCCUGUCAACGGGACAAUGACUGUGCUCACUGAAGCUGUGCUUGAGUCCACCCGAAAUUGGUUGCACACGGUGCCGCAUUUCAGCUACGAAACACUCGCCAGGACGUUACAGUGCCCGUUUCUGUGUCUCGUCCCAUGCGGGAAUUGCAGUUUUGGGGCCGCCUACACAAAGUGCCAUCUGAUGACACUUGCACGUGGCCUCUUGUCACAACCAGUAUUUUCACAACUCGUCGGCGAAGAGUGCGGCUUGCCCCCGUCAACUGUCGGGCUUUUUGUCAAACUGUGUGCCCAUGUGCCUUCCUUGGAGAGGUUAGGUUAGCAGACGUCGGUGCGCCCUCAUCCAUUGUGAAGGGAAGCCUGGUGGCUAUGUGACAACCGCUGUGCUACCUUGUGAUAUUUUGUACGGUGCCGGUGUUUGUCAGGGAGAUGUUGGAUCUGCAAGUUAUACUACUGUGUGUGUGCUGUUUUGACGACAUUGUAUAGCUAGCUCGAGUUGCAGGGUAUAGGUUACGGCGGUCGGACGAAUUUUAUGCGUACGCGAUGUGUUGCGUGCCUGUCGGGGAUUGAUUGUGAGCAGUGCGAAGCGAAGUUUCUAGUCUUAUUGCAAUUUUUAAGUGAUGUUGUCCCAUCCUGCCUGAGCAGCGAAGGGUUGAAGACUUACAACACUGGACCUCCAGGUUGGAAAAUGCAAUUCUGCAAGACCGGUGCUUACCAAAUGUAGUCAUUUUUUCAUCUUUGAUGCGUCGCCUCAUACUCAUUUUCUUUGGUAACGUCAUGCAGUGUGUGCCGAAAACGAUGGCCGUGUGUUCCGAGUGAUUUCACAUUCCAAGUUUCGUCGUGGAAAUAAAUUUCCAUGCUCAUUGUA